AGCAACUGUGAACACUUUGAAAUUGAACUGAAACAAGUCCAUGAGUGGUGUAACAAAAAGCAAGAACUUCUGAAUGCAGUACUAUAUGCUUUAACACUCAAUAUAGUCAGCAAAAAUAUAGUAGUUAAGAAGGCUAAGGCUUUGGCCUGGACUGAUGAAAUUAAGAAUACUUACUCUAAUAUCACUAGCUUUAAAUUUUCUAUUUUCUGGUUGAGUCAGUUCUUAUGUCAUAAUAAUCUUUCGAACUGUAGAUGUACAACUAUUAUGCAAUACCUUUUAGCAGCUUUGACUAAAAAACAAAGUAAAUUCCUUAGUUUGAUUUUGUUCAAAUGUAAUCAGUAUAACUACCCUGUUAGAUAUAUUGGUAAUAUAAAUGAAACGUCUUUAGUAUUUGAUAUGCCUAGUCUAGUAAUCCUUGAAAAAUGUAGAGCAAAGACAGUAAGCAUCAGAACUACCAGGCAUGAAAAAGCAUACUUUACUGUGAUUCUUAGAUAUCUUGCAGAUAGAAUGAAACUUCUACCU